CUUCUGUAAAGCACAGCUUUAACCUUACGACAUUUUUUCUUAAAAAAAAAAAAGGGAAAAUAAAAAGGAGAGAGAAAGAGAGAGAAAGAGAGAGAGAGAGAGAGAGUCAUUGCCUCGCAUUCUGCAUAACUCUCGGACAGUCACGAUGGACAUGAGCCAGGCUCGACUAAAGCAGCGACAAGGACUCGAGCCCAACCAGCGUCGAAUUCGCCAUAUCCAUUGUAUCCAGGCCAGAAACCUCACAUUCACAAGGAAUGCGAAUCAGAAGACACUUGCCUCCGUGUUAUGUCAUUCUUCAGGUUCACAAUACCAAUCAAUUACAUCUUCACUGGAGCCGCCAUCCACCACGUCAUCCCCGACAAAGAGCUAUUUUAGACCUCCAUGGAGAAGCUAUCAUCAGGGUAUUCAAAAGGUCCGAGGACCAGGGUCAGAUGCAGGAUCAACCUCUGCUUCAGAUUCAGGCAGGGCUUCAUCCGUGAUCAAAGAGCCAAUCGCUCGCCUUUCCGCAGGAAUCAAGGCUACCAUGUUCAGUACUGGAUACUCACAUGAAUCAGGAUAUACAUUCGAGGCAGGGUCAACGCCAGGAGCCUCUUCAUCAAAAACAAAAACAAGGUACAGGGCGUCUACAGAUCUUUCGAUUUCAAAAUCCUUCUCGAAUGAUGGGCAGUACCGUUUUCAGCAACACUUGCGGCAAAUACAACAAGGGGAGGAUCCAUCCUCCUUAAGGCGGGUCUCAACAGAGUGGACAGCUAUUACAAAUUCACCUUCUUCAUUCACACCGUCAAAAGAACAGCACCUUUUCCACAGCAAAGACGCUCUUACACGUAAUAACAAAGAUUUCCAGAAUCAGAGCGCUAGUCUUUCGCCUAUAGGGAGUCAGUCAGUGCAACCCAAUGCUGGUGCAGAGGAGAGCACUUGGCUGCCGCCUUUUGUAACGAAAUUGAGCGAGAAACGUCGGCCCAUUCUAUUGGAUACCUAUUUCACGCUUCACAAUAUCACUAAUGACGCCAUCAUCUAUACCAGUGAAACUGUCAUGGGCUCCAACAAUCCUAAAUACAGCCCUCUCGAGGAACAUCAGUUUACUGAUCCAGCAAAACGGCGCUCCAAUAACGUCACAAUCCGGAUAUGGGCUGGUCAUUGUGGAUCGGAUUUUUAUCCUUUAUUGGAGUGGCGGGUUGAUCUUUGCUGUCUGCGCUUUAUCGGGAAGGAACUACGCGACUUACCAACAAGUUUACCAAACAACACAAUCCUAUUUGGGUUUCAUGAUGGGUUCUAUACUGCGCCGGAUGAGGGUGACACAGUGGAACAUGCUUUUCAUGCCUCAGUCACGGCUGAACCAACGAUUGUAAUACUAGGAUCAGGAUCUGGUGGAUUAGUUCAAUCCUACUCGUAUGAUUCUGUGAUGAGACUGAACAACCUGCAUGAGUGUAUCGCAGACACAAAGCGAUCUAGAGAUGAAGUCAAACAUAAUAUCGAGCUAGCUUUAAACAAAGAGGAUGCACCGAUGACCAUGCUAAAGCGCCGCAGCGAAUAUACGGAACGAUUAUGGCAUUUGCAACGACAGGUGGGGCAUGAGCUCAACGUUCUGGAACAAGCUCAGGACCGAGCAGCAGCUCUCAAAAAGGAACAUUCCGAGCGACGGAAGGCACUUGAAGAAUCCAGAGAACGUGGCCAAACACAGGAAAUGUAUCUGGAAGAGAAUCUUGUCAAUCUCGUAAACAGCAAGGAGAGUCUCUAUCAUACACUUAAAGAAUACUCCACUAAACGGACAGAACUCAUCGCCACAUUAUUUACGAUAUUUCCAAUCACUGAGUCAGAGACGAACCCCGGCCUUCUCAAAAUUUGCAAUGUGCCUUUACCCAACUCUGUAUACACCGGUCAGGAUGAGGACUUGAUUUCAAUAGGAUUGGGAUACACGUCUCAUCUAGUCACUAUGUUGGCCCACUACCUCUGUGUACCCCUGCGAUACCCAAUUACACCUAUGGGAUCAAGAGCAUCAAUAUUCGACCCUGUUUCUCUUUUGAUUGGACCUAAAGAAUUUCCUCUAUAUGGGAAAGGACAGGAAAGGAAUCGAUUCGAAUAUGGCGUGUUUCUUUUAAACAAGAAUAUUGAGCAGUUGAUGAAUUCACAAGGACUACAGUUCAUGGACCUUCGGCAGACCCUCCCUAAUCUAAGAUACCUUAUGGAGAUCCUACUUACUUCAUCCCCUAGCCAGUCUACGCUAUACAGAUCCAAAUAUAUUAAUCGAAGGAAACAGGAUCGCUCGGAGCAAAGCAGGCAGACAGAUUUUAUUGUGCUCCCGGUGGAACAACAUGGCUACCAGUAUACUAGUAGCUCUAAUGUCCUACAGGAUGGUUCAGUCAAUAAUGAAGAUAACCAGCAAGGAGAAGGGUUGAGGCCGAGAGCACAUACGCACGAACGUAAUCCAUCAUUAUCCAAACCUAACAGUACUAGCGAUCGAUCAUCGUUAAUACGGGAGUACGACCCCAUCGAAGGCGACUACAUGCUCGUUCUAGAUAAUGCCGCAACCAAAUCCUCUCGUCGUAACCGAAAAGGAACCAAUGGUAGCGAGAUAUCAUCAUCACACUCCAUAUCCACUGCAGAACAUACUGAUGUAUUAAAACUAGACUGUUCAUUAAUGGCGCCAAAAGAAGGACAUCACAGGAUAUCGGCGGGUAUAAGCAGUACCAUUCAUCAUCAUCACCAGUUGCAUCAGGACUACGCAUUAAGUACUAGCUUCAGUGGAACUGAAGAUGAUAACGAGAGCACGGAUGAUCCAGCGUUCAGGGAUUGGGCAAGCGAAGCACCACACAUUUCUGUAGAGAAGACAGAGGAGGAUGAACAUAGUAAUCCUGUCUUGACAACUCACCAAGAUUUCAAAAUGAUCAAUACGAAUGAGCUAUUCAGGACAGCCAAACCUGUGAUUAUUAUGGACAACCCUGAUAUUGACUACUCUAUCAGUGGUAAAAGUAGUCCUGCAACCAUGAGUGAAAGUGAACAUGAAAGCGAUCAUUCCCGACAUGGUUUUGCGAAACAACAACAAGGAACACACAGCGGAGUCCUUGAUACCACAGCACCACCACAGCCCAUAGGAUCAAACCCGACUAGUAUACGGGAUAGUGUCGAUGAAAUGAACAGGGACUCCACAACGAAUUAUCAAGACGUAUCGCAAUCAUCGCCAUCACAGUUACCAUCAAUAGCUGAUGCUACUGUGCCUUCAAAAGAUCGGAAACAAUUUAUAGCUUUCGGACGGAAGACCAGUGAGACGAUGAUCUCGGAAACAUUAAAAGAGACGCAGAUACCGAAAUUUAGACGGUCCAAGGUCAAUACGCCUCCGAGUACGAUGGCGUAUCAGAGUACUGGACGUUCUAAUGUGAAGCAUGAGAACGGUGGCAAUGAAGAGGAUAGCAGCAUAGGUCAUAAUCGAAGCGAUGAGGGCGAUUGCGAUCAGACGGACAUUAAAGAGAUGAUGCAUUCACACCGACCAUCAUCACCACCCGUUAACUCUGCGAGAACUAUUACCUCUGGGAUAUUUGAGGCGAGUGGAUAGAAAGAAAGAAAGAAAGAAAGAAGAGAAAAAAGAAAAUGG